CUUGCACACCUACUCCAGACCAGAGAGUGCUGAAGGGACCAUGGAGAAGACUCUGGGUGUUUGUCUAGUUCUUUUUGCAACCUCGUGUUCUGCACAGAGAAGUUAUCAUCUCAUCAGUUUAUCUAAAACAUGGGCUGAAGCACAGCAUUACUGCAGAUCCUGCUACUCAGACCUGGUCACUAUUACCCCUCAGAAUGAACCUGUUCUCACUGCCUCAGCUACAGAUACGUGGAUCGGACUGCACAGAAUCCCAGGGGGUUGGCAGUGGUCAGAUGGAGACGGCAGCAGUUAUUAUAAGUGGGCACCCGGUGAGCCGAAUAAUAAUGGGGGGCCUGAAGAUUGUGCUGCUCGUCGAACAGACAACAAUUGGAAUGAUUUUUCUUGUACUUCUGGAUUGUAUUUCCACUGUUAUAAAGACUCUUACACUGGGCUGCUGUCUGUUCCUGUUGUCACGGGGACGUCACUGACUCUGCACUGGAAUCCAGCGCCAGGACUUGUUGACCACUACAGGAUAGAAGUCUCCGGGCAGACAAGUCAGACCUUCACAGUAAACACUCAGACUGCUGUUGUGACCUCUCUGACCCCCGGCUGUCUCUACACAGUGCAUGUCUUCCCUGUGAAAUGUGUCAAAGACUGGCCCCCUGCUAGUACAUCAGUCUACACAGCUCCAGUCCCACCAGGACAACUAAUGGCUGACUCUGUGGGACCCAACUCUGUUUCUCUGAGUUGGGGCAGACCUGCCGGUAUGGAUAAGAUCCCACACAGCUUCAACAUCACCUACUGCAGCUCCUUCUGGGGUCACCAGGGCUCCACCACUGCAGCCUCCAAUUCCACCGUCAUCUCUAACCUGAAACCAGCAAGCCAGUACGUCUUCAACAUCACCACAGUGCAGGACGAUGGGAACCAGAGCAUACCUGCUUCAGCAUCUUUCUUCACAACUCCAUCCCCACCAGGACAACUAAUAUCUGACUCUGUGGGACCCAGCUCGGUUUCUCUGAGCUGGGGCAGACCUGCCGGUAUGGAUAAGAUCCCACACAGUUUCUUCAUCAGCUACUCCAGCGCCCUCUCGGGUCACAACGACUCCAUCACUUCAGACUCCAAUUCCACCGUCAUCUCUAACCUGAGACCAGGAAGCGAGUAUGUCUUCUGUGUCACCACAAUGCAUGACAACGGGGGCUGGAGCUCACCGGUUUUAAUAUUUCUCUCCACAUCUCCAUCCCCACCAGGACAACUAAAGGCUGACUCUGUGGAAACUAACUCUGUUUCUCUGAGUUGGGGCAGACCUGCCGGUAUGGAUAAGAUCCCACACAGCUUCAACAUCACCUACUGCAGCUCCUUCUGGGGUCACCAGGGCUCCACCACUGCAGCCUCCAAUUCCACCGUUAUCUCUAACCUGAAAUCAGGAAGUGAGUACGUCUUCAACAUCACCACAGUGCAGGAGCAUGGGGGCCGGAGCACACCGGCUUCAACAUCUCUCUUCACAAAAGUAAAUGAGAAGCGGAUGAUAGUGGCUUUCCACUGCAACUCCCAGGACCCGCUGGCAUGCAGGGAUCCCAAAGUCAAAGAGGAGAUGCUCAACCAGCUGAAAUCCAAGAUGGGAGAGCGCUACUCUGGGGUGUAUUGGAGUCUGAAAUGGAGGGAGAAUGGAGGGGGCGACUGUAAACAACCCAUUACUGAACUGACAGAUCUGGAUGAAUUAUAGAUUAAUCACCCAUAACUAUUAAACACUCACUAGUGCUGAAUUUAGAAAUGACAAAUGUUUUCAACUACAAAUAAUGAAGACUAGUUUAUUUUAGUAUUUCUAAUUAUAGAUUAGAGUUUUAACUUUUUUAAUAUAUAUUAACUCAAUAGUGCUGAAUUUCAAGAAUACUAAAAGUAACUUCCACAUGAAUGCUUUUCACGAGUAAAGAAGAAUUUUAAAAUGCUUAGUUUGGAAGCAUCCUUGCAGAUGUGUGCGACAGGGUAGCGUCACGGCCCAGGCUGGUUACCAUCAGGAAAGAGACCCAGAGACAGAAAGCUGCAGUUUAAUUAACAAAAACAAACAGACACAUAAUAAACACAGCACAAGGGCCAAAAUAAAGGUUCAAACAAAAGAACAACACACUUGUAGGCUGGGCAUUAGCCUUCAUCACAGUGUAAACACUCACCAAACGCCUUUGAUUGUUCUUUCUUUUAUACGGGUGGCCAUUCCCUAAUUAGCACUGAAUUAGGGAAUGGCCACACCUAUGAUUGUUGGGACAGAUUUAACCCCAUCCUUGCCAACCUUGCAUUCCCACCACACACUAUUUACACAUGCUGAGCUUUCGCCCUGCCACAAUGUGAUAGAAAUGUGUGGAGUUUGCUGAUAUGCGAGUCUGAUCUGCUGUUAGAGGAUUAAAAGACCCAGCAAAGUACCUGAUUGUAUCUGCACUGUGUGAUUGGAAGGGCCUGGGACUCUGGAUCCAGCAGAGUUGCGAGGGAACAAGAGGGCUAGGCUGAGUACACACUGUGACUGAGAGCUGCACUCUGCUGUCAGUGAAACAGAGUUCAAACUGCAGUUCAGACAAACAGUUUACCAACAGCUCUGAAAUCUGCCCCUGGUUUACAAUAAAUGUGUUCAGAUCUUUUCAGGUUUUAGUUAGGAUGCUAGUGGAAGUAGAAAUAGAAGCUGUACAUUGUACCUGCUGUAAUAAUGUAGGUGUUUAAAAUAAAGGACAAUUGAAUAUUCACUUAUUUGGCGAUGAAUUGCAUUGUUAUUGUAAUUGCAACAUGUUCUGAAGAGCUG